ACCCGGCUGCACAGGAAGUGCAGCAGCGACAGAGAAAUGCUUGCUAGUUAGCGGCUGGUUAGCUCGUUGAGCGUUGUGUUGAAAAUAGUUAACAUAUUAGCCUUAAAUACAACAUUAUAUAUGUUUUAUCGGCGGCUCAGUUUGUGGAUAUUAGGACAAUGUCGAGCAGAAAGCGAACAAAAGAGAAGGAGGAGCGACGAGAGCACAAGAGACACAAGACAUCCAAAGAGGAUUUUGAGAAACUCAAAACACACGCGAAAAAACUCAACCAAGAAGUCCAGAAACUUAAACACGUUGAGACAUUCUAUGAGAAACCUCCACCUGGAUACAUAAAGGAGCAUGAAGACAAACCAGAGGACUGUAUCCCUGCUGAACCAGGAAAUGAACAGGCCAGGAGCUUCCUGGCCCACGCCCCCACCAGGGGGCUGUGGAUGCCUCUGGGAAAGGAGGUGAAGGUGAUGCAGUGUUGGAGGUGUAAACGCUAUGGCCACAGGACGGGAGACAAGGAGUGUCCCUUCUUCAUCAAAGGCAACCAGAAACUGGAACAGUUCAGGGUGGCUCAUGAAGACCCAAUGUACGACAUCAUUCGGGAAAACAAAAGGAAUGAAAAAGAAACAAGGAUCCAGCAGCUGCAGCAGCUACUUCAGGACACCACCUCCUCUGAUUCUGACAGCUCCUCCUCUUCUUCCUCCUCCUCCUCCUCGUCCUCCUCUGACCACCAUCGCAGCAAGAAAAGGAAGAAGAGGAAGGACAGAAAGAAGAAAGAGAAAAAGAAGAGGAAAAGUAAACGAAAGCACAAGUCAUCCAAAACCAGCGACUGCUCGGACUCAGACUGAGUGUUUGGAACGUUCUGGUAUCUGUUCUUGUACACUACGUGAUCAAAGCGUAGGAGCAGACAGGGAAUGAAGGAGAACUUACACAGCAGUGAUGUGUGUUCUGCAGAGUAAAGAGUGCACUCUAAAGACGUUUUAAGGCUUUUUCUCUGCAGGUUGAAACCCUCAAACUGUAAAUCCAGCGUGCAUGACUUCUCCCCGGGCUGACGGCUCGCAUUAACAUCCUCUCCGUUAGCCACACAGUACAGGGUCAUAUGGAAAGACUGCUUAAGUAAGUGUGUGUGCCACGGUGCAUAUGUGUGUCAAAAAGCAUUAGUUGCAUGGGUAAUGAAUCUCUAGCAAUAUGAAAUGAGCCUGCUGCUGUAAGAGAUAAUGUUCUGUAAUACGAAAGCAUGUCAGCUAAUACUGUUAGUUAUUAAGAGAUUGUAUUUCCCACCACAUUUUCAUUUUUUUUACCCCCGCUGCAUUUAGAUACUUUGAUUGUAGAGUGUGUUAAACGCAGAACGGUGGAGUACAGUUAGACUUUGUUUUCCACACAAGCCUGAAUGUUUGAAUGCACGUGACUGUACGUAAAUAUUUGGAAUUAUUUGAGGUUGGAAUAUGCUUAUUUGCUCUGAAGAAAAACAACCCACAGAGGAUGGGGAAAGAAUGUAAAUGAAUGUGUUCCCUCAUUUUGAGAAUAAAGAUGGCUCUUUUCUCCCCUGUUUA